UGCUCUGGCAGUGAUUUUGGGUGGUUCUGGACGAAGUUAUUGCCCACGGGGUGCAGCCAGCAGGAAAGCCUAGAUCUAUGUCACGUGUAACAGGACCCCCAAAUGACGAAAUCCCCAAACAAUUGUUCAUCACACCCGAACAUCACCUGCAAUACUCUAUCAAUCCUUGAGCGUUGGUCAACACAUGCUCAUGCAGCCGUAGCCAAAAUCGGUCAUUCCGGAUAUUCCAACCUAUCGUCCAUACUCGUCCCAAGAUGGCAUCCGAACCAACCUUCACCGACGAGAAAACUCUCUACGACCAGCCUCUCGCGGAGAGACCACCACCUAGACAACAUGGGGGAUAUAAAACACACUUGCUCACGCGGUCUAUCCCUGCGAUUCUAGUCCUUGUUGCUACCUUUACUCUUUUUCGGUCUUUCUUCGUCUGCCAACACCACUAUGCACCAGGUGAUUUCCCAACCUUCCCUGGUCCAGACGACACAAGCCAUCCCAAAGUUGAGGUUGAAGUGCACGGGAUGAGCAGAUGUCCUGACUAUGCGGAUUGUCUUCGCCAACUUAUUGUGCCAACAAUGAUGCUAGUCGGAGACAAGGUCAAUUUUACGCUUUCUUUUAUAGGCCGGGUUGACCCCAAAUCCGAUGCAGUCUCAUGCAUGCAUGGCCCAGCCGAAUGUCUUGGGAACAUCAUCGAGCUCUGUGCUGCCAAGGUCUACCCCGAUCCCAAAAUAUACCUUGGUUUUGCCAACUGCUUGGCCUCGAAUUACCACGAUAUUCCCGAUCGAGAUCUCGUCGAAGAAUGCGCCAUGGAGCAUGCAAUCGACUUCCAACGGCUCAACAGGUGUAUCAGCGACGAAGGAGAGGGUAUUGACUUGCUUCGAGCGAGUAUACAAAGAAGCCAGGAGAACAAUGUUACAAAAAGCUGCACCGUCCGACUUGCAGGGAAGAUCCGCUGUAUUCGAGAUGGAGGCAAGUGGUAUGAUUGUCCAGGGGGCAGUUCAGUGCAUGAUCUCGUUCGAGAAAUCAAUCAGCUCUAUAACGAGGAGUAUUGAUGACUCUUCUGCUUGAAUGGCGUCUGGUUCGGCGUAAACUUCUGAACGGUACAUGAUACCCGGUGUCUUAAGAGGGUCUGCCAAAUGUUGGCAACAGGCAAAUCCAUAGCGAUCCUCGGUUGUGUCUGUAGCCCUAGUGUUUGAUGAAAGAGUGUAAUUCAAGUGCUUGUGCGACUUCAGAUGUACCUGAACAUAUUCUCUCGCACUCCGCGCUUCAUCGAGACCGGC